CCCGGGCUUCCCGCGUUUCGUGAGAGUCACCUCUGGGAAAAUACCGAUUGCGAUUGUGAGGUAUAAAGGACUGUGAAACCAGCUGACAGCAUUCACUCCUCAUAAGGAAAGAAGAGUCACAACUCAUUCAGCUCCGCUAUAGGCAACAUGAAGGGACUUUUAGUCGUCUGCUGCUUGACAGCUGUUGCCUUUGCGCAAGAUAAAAAUGGAGGAAAUAAGAGAUUCAUUGGAGGACUAAAUCAAGGUUUUGGUGGUGUUGAUCCAGGAUUUGGAGGUGGAAUUAACCCAGGCUUUGGAGGAGGCGUCGGAGGAGUUUCCAACACCUGCAGACGUUGGUGCCGAACUCCCGAGGGACAAGCAUACUGCUGCGAGAGCAACAAUGAGCCUGACACCAUUCCCUUCGUGAAGCCAGGUGUAUGCCCUCCCGUUCGCCCUCAGUGCCCACCCGUCAGGAGCUUCGCUCCUCCGCAGACAUGCUCCAACGACAGCAAGUGCGGAGGCGUAGACAAGUGCUGUUAUGACAGGUGUCUUGAGGAGCACGUGUGCAAACCCCCAGUUGGGUCUUCCGGCUUUGGAGGAUUCGGAUUUGGAAGAUAAUCCUGACCAAUCUUUGAAAGAUUACCAUUGCUAGUUAUAAUACUAUUAUUUAUUUUCUAUUGAAAAUGCCAAAGAUAUCAGACAUUAAAAAAUAUUCAUAUGA